UAAAGUUUGAACCUUAAUAGGCUUCGAUUAAUUAUAUAUCCUUUUUGUCGAAAACUACAAACAGCUGGGAUACAUUGUUAAACUGGAUUGUAAUACUAAAAUAAACAGAUAUAUAACUUUUGGUUUUUUACGCCAUGAGGCUUUAUAUAGAUUGUUGAGUUCAACUGUGAUUUUCAAAAUCCACGCAAAUGUCGAAGGUACUGAAGAAUUUGAAAAGGUUUUUCUAUUUCGCAUUUAUUCCCCAGAGGUUCUGAUAUUCUGAUUGUCUAAUAAAUAAAAAAUGAAUUUUCGUAAAUCCAUAAUACUCAUUAAUAAAUUUAUACAAUAUUUGAAUAAUUUUGUGAGGAGUUUAUGUCCCAAUAAUUUUCUUUGGUAUUCGCCUAUAUAUGUAUAUGCUAGAAAACUCAUCAGCUUAAGCAUCUUUUUCAGAAACUCAUGAAUUGUACAUUAAACAGAUAGAAAAACCUUACAUUAUUCCAUUGUAACGAUAGGACUUAGAUUAUGAUAUCAUAUGCGUAUGAACAGGUCCCGUUUAGAUUCUCUGGAUUGUUAUUGACUUAUUGUCUAACUAAUCCGAAUUCAUUUGCAAGAUUGGUUUAGUAUACCGCGUUAUAAACCAAUUUCGAUUAUCACCUCGAUUUUGUAUUCCGACGGAUUUACAUUCCGUUUGGAAUUGAAAUUUCGAUCGAGUUAGUUCGAAUUUGCCAUCCCAUACAUUUUCAACCGUUUUGCUUGUAUGAUGUUUGAAAAUAAAACAGUCGAACGAAAGAUAUUCGAAUCUAAAAAUAACUCGAACGAAACAAAGAAUGGGAUUUGCCAAGUCGAUCGAAAUACAGAAUAGGGGCGUAUAUCUUUCAAGAUAUCGUCGUUUAUUUUAUACACCGCCCGAGAAACACAAUAAUUGUUAUUUUCUGAACAAUCUAAUCGGUUUUAAUGUUGUAAUAUGUGAGAUACGAAAAUAAUAUCUAUCAUGCAGUAAACAGUAAUGACAUUAAAAUGAGCCUAGACGGAAUCAAAAGUAAAUCGUUGCAAGACAAACAUUAUAGAAAAAAAUCGGAAGAUGCUGGAACAUCGAAAGAGGACGAUCCUGUGAAUGGUUUUAUAUCCAACUACGAACAAGAAGACGUUAACCCAAAUACACAUUUGAUGAAACAAAUAGAAACUGUGAGCGAGGUUUAUAACAGCGAUAAAGAAAAUAUCUCUGGGAAUGAGAAAGGAAAAUCUAUUGUGGUAAAUUACUCGUCCGGAGAAACACCCAAAAGUGUGAUACAGCGGCAAAAUGUUGACAAUACAUCAUUCCAUUCAUGGGUAUGGGAUACACGAAAUAAAUAUACUAAAAUUUGUAUUGUGAUGAGCUGCAUAUUGUUGCUAUUUAUUGGAUCAAUUAUUGGAUGUAUAAUCUCGCCUCUUACAACCAGUACCCACUGCAAGAUCUUAGAUGGAAAUGUUAAUGAUGCUGCAUCGAAUCGUAACAUCUGCUUAUCAGAAGAAUGCGUGAGAACAGCAUCAUCCCUGUUAGCGGCGAUGGACCGUACUGUUGAUCCAUGCAUUGACUUUUUCCAAUUUGCUUGUGGGACAUGGAAUAAAAAGCAUGUAAUUCCAGAGGAUAGGAGUUCUAUCAGCACUUUUGAGGUACUCGCUGACCAACAACAGGUGAUAUUAAAAGGUGUCUUGGAAGAAUCUAUAGAUGCUAACGACAACCAAGCGACCGUUAAGGCAAAAAUGUUUUACAAAAGCUGUAUGGAUCUGCAACAAAUUCGAACUAUUGGUAUAAACCCAUUACGCAAGGUUCUUAAAAAUCUCGGUGGUUGGCCUGUAAUUGAGCAGAGUUGGAAACCUCCAAAUAUCAGUGUCGAACAACUUUUGGGAAUACUUAGAGGAGUGUAUAGUGAACCUGUACUCGUAGAACUUUAUGUUGGUGCGGAUGAUAAGAAUUCAUCCAGAAAUAUUUUACAGAUUGAUCAACUAGUGUUAGCACUACCGUCACGCGACUAUUAUUUGAAACAGAGCAGCGAAGGAGACCUCAAAGCGUAUCAUCAUUACAUGACCCAAAUUGCGCUACUACUUGGCGGCGAUCCUUCAAAGACAGCAACAGAACUUUUGGAAGUGAUUAACUUUGAGGUGCGUUUAGCAAACGCAUCUCUACCAGAAGCCGAUAGACAUGAUACGAGCGCAAUUUAUAAAAAAAUUACUUUACAUCAACUGCAAACCGAAGUUCCACAAAUUGAUUGGAAGGAAUAUUUACAGACAACUUUAAAUAGUGUGCAAUUGGUAGAGAACGAAGCUAUUGUUAGCUACGCAAUGCCCUAUCUAAUAGAGAUGGGUCGCAUACUUAACGAGACCGAUAGACGGGUUGUCCAUAAUUAUGCAAUCUGGCGAUUAGUAAUGUCGAUAAUGACACACAUGAUAGAUGAUUAUCAAAAAGAAAGAGUCGAGUUUAGAAAAAUUUUGUUGGGAAUACAAUCAGAACGCCACAGAUGGUCCCAAUGUGUCGAAUGGACGAAUAAGAAGCUGGGAAUGGCAGUUGGGGCUUUAUUUAUACGAGACAAUUUCAACCAAGAAAGCAAAGAAACUGCAUUAGAAAUGAUCCACACAAUAAGAGAAGCAUUCAACGAACUUCUAGCCGAUAUUCAUUGGAUGGAUGACGAAACACGAGCUGUUGCAAAGGAAAAAGCCGAUGCUAUGAAUGAGAGGAUUGGUUAUCCUGAAAUAUUGACAAGUCCGAGUGAACUAGAAAAAGAAUACAUCAACUUAACCAUAUCAAAAGAUAAUUUUAUCAACAAUAUCCUGAAUAUACUGAAGUGGGAUGCUGAACGUAAUUUACAGUUAUUGAGGAAACCAGUUGACAAAGAUAAGUGGGCAACAGAGCCUGCAGUGGUGAAUGCGUUUUAUAAUCCCAACAAAAACGAUAUAGUAUUUCCAGCCGGUAUAUUACAACCAUUAUUCUACAGUCAGCAUUUUCCCAAAUCGCUAAAUUAUGGAGGAAUUGGGGUAGUGAUAGGUCAUGAAAUCACGCACGGAUUCGAUGAUAAAGGACGUCAGUUUGAUAAAGACGGCAACAUGAUGCAGUGGUGGAAUAAUGCCACAAUAAGAUCCUUUCGCGAAAGAGCACAAUGUAUAAUUGAUCAAUAUUCUCGAUAUAAAAUCAAUGAAGUUAAUUUAUACAUGAAUGGUAGAAUGACUCAAGGUGAAAAUAUUGCUGAUAAUGGAGGACUGAAACAAUCUUUUCGGGCAUAUCGGAAAUGGGUUGACAUACAUGGUCCGGAGCUAGAACUUCCAGGGAUGAACAUGACACACGACCAAUUAUUUUUUUUAAACUAUGCUCAAAUAUGGUGCGGUUCUAUGCGUCCCGAAGAUGCACUUACUAAAAUAAGAUCAUCAGUACAUUCACCUGGCAUCAUUCGGGUGAUUGGACCACUUUCAAACUCCAAAGAUUUCGCCGAGGCGUACAACUGUCCACUUGCAUCUCCGAUGAAUCCACUAAAUAAAUGCAGCGUUUGGUGAACAGAUUAAAAGCACAUUUCAGAAUAAUCACAUAAUGUGUAUAUACGUGAAUAUUAUUAAGCUUUUCAACGCUGAGUAUUACUGUUCAAAUUUUGUACGACGCUUGUAUAUACCAAGUCACAACUUUUCAAAAUGGCAUAAAAACUUUAUAUAAUUUUCAGUUUCCAUUGAAAUAUUUAGUUUUUUUUAUAUUUUUGUAAGUUAAUGUGUACAAGAAACCUAACACAAAAAAAAACUGACUACGAUUGAUGAAGCCUCUUUGGCUUACAAGGGAAUAUCGAUAAUGACAAAUUUUACUACAAUUUUUACACCUGGUGAACAGAGAACAAGUGCAUUACAUCACGUUUCAAGAACAUAGAAAGUAUUAGGACUUUGUAAAUUGGAAGAUAUACAUAUAUAAAUAUAUUUAUUGUGAGGUAUAUUAGAGAAAUGGA